AUGUGCUACUACGGCAGCUACUACGGAGGCCGCGGCUACGGCUGGGGCGGCUUCGGGGGCCUGGGCUGUGGCUAUGGCUCCGGCUGGGGCUGGGGAGGCCUUGGGGGCCUGGGCUGUGGCUAUGGCUCCGGCUGGGGCUGGGGAGGCCUUGGGGGCCUGGGCUAUGGCUGGGGAGGCCUUGGGGGCCUGGGCUAUGGCUGGGGAGGCCUUGGGGGCCUGGGCUAUGGCUCUGGCUGGGGGGGCUAUGGAUACUCUGGCUUCUACUAA